UAGAGAUCGUAAAUAAAAUUUAAGAAGGAAAAAAAAUUGUAUAUUUUCGUUAAAGUUUCAUGAUAAACCUUUCAGUUUGUAUUUGAAAUUGCUUUAGUUCGGAUCGGAUCUUGAGUGAACAUUUAUUUCUGGUGAUCAGCUGCAAACUUAUCAAUUAUCUCGCUUGAUAUAUUUGUGAAUACAUAAAAUAUUAGUGGACAUAUUUAAAAAAUAAAAAAAAAUUUAAAUUUACGAGAAAAUAUUGUGUCUAAAAUAGAACAUAUGAGACAAUAGACCAUGGAAGAGUUUGCGCUAUGUUGGAAUAAAUUAAAAUUUGCUGAAAAUUUAUCGUCCGGCUUUCAAAGUCUGUUCGAUCGCGGUGAUUUUGUCGAUUGUACAAUCGCAUGUGAUGGUCAAUUAUUGCAAUGUCAUAAGCUCGUGUUGGCAAUAUGUAGUCCAUAUUUUAGGGAAAUAUUCAUGAAUAAUCCAUGUAGACAUCCAAUCAUAAUUCUCAAAGACGUAACAUUCUCCAUAAUGUCGGAGCUUUUACAAUUUAUGUAUCAAGGAGAGGUGAACGUAAAACAGGCGGAAUUACAAGCAUUCAUGAGCAUUGCAGAAUCGUUACAAAUUAAAGGUUUAGCAACAAACAGUGGCAGCAACAAUAGUAACAACAAUGGCACGAACAAUAACAAUAAUAACAGUACCAGUAACGGUAAUAAUAGUACAAUGAGAGGCAGUGAAGCGAUGAACUCAUCAUACAGUCAAUUUCAUUCGAACAAUGUCAGUGGUGGUGGUGGUACUGCCAAUAAUGCCGGAGUUCAUCGUAAUCAUAAUCAACAUCAAUUCAAUUCCGCAGGAAGUCAUACGGAAAAUCAUCGACAAACAACAUCAACGCCUCUGUCGACGACAUCAUCGAUUGAUUGUGGAAAUCAUGCGAUGAAAGGAGGUAAACACAUGAGUGGUGAGAGUUCAACACCCCAAACGGCAACACCCUUAUCAUCAUCGUCAUCAUUCGUACAGAAGCGUACGAUUGAUCAAAUUAGUGAGCAACAGCAGCAACGACAAAGUCAAAUGAAAAUGAAACGAACUGUACAUGAUGUCAGUGAUAGCGACAUGAAUGAUUCAAUUGAUAAUAUGACAUCUGAUGAUAUUUUCUUACCAGCAUCGAUGCAGCCACAAGUGACAAUUAAUGAAUCUCCACGAUUCGAUGCGAAUUGUGUAAAGCGUGAGAAUAGCAAUGAUGUCAUUCGACCACAGAGUCCUGGAAAUAUCUAUAGAAAUUCUUAUCAUAGUUCCAAUUCUAUGCAAAAUACUUCCUUUCCAUAUUUUCCGGAUUUCUCCCCGAGCGACUUAUCAAACAGCAAUAACCUUAAUGACUUGAGUAAAUCGCAUAUGGAAGUGCCACCAGGUACUCACAACACAAGCCUUACUAACGUAACGAUGCUUUCUGCUACCUCAUUACUCCAUAACUCAAUGAUAUUUAAUCGAAACAAUACGGUGGCGACACAACAGGGCAUGAAAACUUAUUGGCUAUGUCGCUCUUAUCGCCUAACAACCUGUCGAGCACGCUGUAUUACCCAUCAGGGACAGCUGAUAUCAACGACCGGCCAGCACAAUCAUCCACCACACGUUAAAGGUGGUGCAGCAUCAACCUUAACAACUCCAACCAUGAUGGGAGCAUCAAAUAAUUUCAAAAUGGAGGACACGAGUAGUGCAUUUGGUCACCAACAUCAAAUGUCAAAUCAAAUGCAAGGCAUGUCAUCAACAGCAAAUUUGACAAUGAUAAAUCAGCAACAGCAACAACAGCAAAGCAUGAAUAAUUUUGCAAUUCCAACAAAUAAUAAUAACAACAGCAGUUCAAGCAAUUUUUCCAUGUCAAACAUUCUCAGUCCUACACUAUCCGACAUUGAUCCAAUUCUAAUGCAUGCAGCAAAUCAAUUGGAUAGCAAUAUUCAAAUAACACCAAUUAUAAAUGCAUCAAUAGAUGAUUUAAACAUGAAUCCACUGGACAGUGAUAUCACAAUACACGAUACAUCAAAUAUUCAUAAUAUUGCAAUUACUACUGCUAAUAAUUGAUAUAUCUACACAUGCGGAUGUAGUGACAAAAAAUCGCAAUUGUUCAUGAUAAUUAUACGAAUUUACUAUGUUUAUCCUGUUUUAUAUUUUUCGAAUUUAUAAAUUUUUUAUAUCUACAUAUAAUAUCAAUUUUGCAAUGAAUGAUGAUGAUAAUGCUGAUAUACUUGUUUAAAAUGAAAUGAAAAUACUCGAUUCUCAUUCAAAAAUAUUCAAAUUUUAAUUUUUUGAAUGGAAAAUCAAUUUAAAAUUUAAAUGUGAAAUGAAAAUGAUUGAAAUUUUGUGAGAUUUUUGUAGAAUUACAUGAUUAAUUUUUGACUCAAUGAAGAUUUUUAACAAGAGAAACUUUCAACUGACCCCUAAGUCUAACUCCCCCACACACACACACAAACAAAUGUCAAAUUGCUUCUAAAAAGCCAAAGGCUGAAUCUUCUUUUAAUCCCAAAAAAACAUAAAUUUCUAAUAAUUUCAACUUUCACCCAGCCUAGAAUCUCCCUUUUCUUUAAAUAAAGGUCGUCAAAUACUAAACAACAUCUACAAUUUAUUAAAAAUAUGUUCCCAUUUUUUUGCAACUUAAUAUAUUCCACAAACCAAACAUGCUGACAAAAAUCUCCCAAAAUUAAAUAUUAUCAAAAAAAAAUCAUUUUACAUAAAAUACCUUAAAAAUAUAAAUAUAUCUCAACUUAACCAUAUCUCUCUAUUAUAUUUCACCAUAUUUCCUUAUAUUUAAGCAGCAGUCCUACCAGGCGAGAGGUGGUUCAAUGGCAAAUUACAAUUUAUGUUGAGUCAACGAGGUAAACCGCUGCUCGUACAUGAUGGCUUUUCAUUUGGAAUUCAAUACAUCCGUAAGGAUAAAAAAUAUUGGCAAUGUAAUUUAUCACGAAAAUACAAUUGUAAGGCACGUGUUACAACGACAGACGCAGGCGAUAUAAUUGUUACGAAUAAUGAACAUUGUCACACCGAAAUCCGUCAACAUUUGAGGAAGGACUAUAAAAUGAAUAAACUACAAGCACAAUUGAGCAAUCAAUUGAAUAAUCAUCACAUGAGUUUUCAGAUCGGUGAUAGAAAAAUCAAUUUGGGAACUUACAUGGACCAUGUUGCUAAUGCUGCUGCUGCUGCUUCGUCAACAAAUUGUCAACCCUCAAUAUCCUCAAUCUCAACGACACAAACGUCAAUCAUGCCUCGACAAAUUACAACAACGAAUUCAUUCCCGAAAAACUUAUCACUUCGAUCGCCAUUAGUCACACCACCACCGACAGAAACUUCACCACCUUCACUGCCAAUAAAACGACGUGAUUCAAAUGAUUCACCCUUACAACGUUCAUCACACGAUUGAUGACUUUUAUGUCUUAAUAGCAUAAGUUUAUUUUAAUUUUUUUUGUAGCUUUUAAUUAUUGUAAAUGAAGCAUCAAGUUGGAAAUUGUGUGGUGCCGCCAAAAAAUCAGUGAACUGUGAAAUGUUAAAACCAAAAAUGGCAAUAGUAAUUAAAAUAUCAUCGCCUGAAAAACGACAAGUUCAAGGCUUUUGUGGCUGCCAUGACAAUCUCACAUGUUAAUCCAAAAAUACCACAAAAUUAUACCAAUUUAUUCACGAGGAAAAUAAAGCUUAAGACUUUAUAACUGUCAACUAAUGAGAUAAUCUCUAAUUAAAUUAGUUUGAUGAGAAAUUUUAGAAAAUGUGCUUUGUGAAUUUAAAUGAAAAUGUCAAGAUAAAGUUGAGUUCAAGGUUUUUUCUAUUUUGAUUUAAUUGGAAAAUGUCUGAAAAAAUUUAAAUUUUGCUGUAAAGAUUUUAGAACUUCAUAUCCUUAAGACCAGUUUUGGUCAACUUUUUUUGUGCCACGGCACACCUUUAUUGUAAGCUAUGACAUCCGAUUCAUUAGAUUUCCGAAAAAAAUUCGGCACACUAUUGUAUCACAGCACAAAGUUUGGCUAUAACUGCUUUAGACACAUGCUUGGAGUCAAAAACAAACGACCCCAAAAUAUUUAAAAUUUUCAAUAAUUUAAGAACACCAGCACCAAACUAAAAUCACUCAUAUCCUCACACAUAAAUUUUAGUAAUUGAUUGACAUGUUUUUGCCUCAGCGUGCCAUAAAUUCAGACGUCACUGAUUGCCAUAAAUAAAAAAUGCUUCACAAAAAAAACUACUCAAUAUGAAAACCAAAUUUAAACCUUUUGACUUUGUAAAAUACUCGAAAAAUAUUGAAAUUUUUGAAUAAGUUUUAUAAGCAAUGAGAAUUUUAUGUAAAUAAGUUUUAUAUAAUCCAAAGUUAUUUGUUAUGGAACAAAAUAUUUUUUAAUGUUGGGAAUUUAUAAAAAAAAAAUUAAUAAAUUAAGUUUUAUAA